AGAUGCCAAGCAGCUCUGACCUCAGACUAGAACGAGAGGAAGACAGACUGGAGGAUACAGAAAACCACAGCAGGCCAGAGAAAACACACAGAGCUUCUGUUGCCACUCAGCACUGAGGGAGAUUCGUUGUCUCCUGACCACAGAGUACCUCAUGUUCCUCCUGGUCAAGAUGUCUCUGAUUGGUUCAGGCAGCUGUACAUCCAGACCCGGGUGAGUCUGAGCGGCACGGAGGCAGCAGGCCGCAGGAUGAGAGGCCUUGACCGGUCAGCCUCGGAGGAAACAUCAUCUGGGGAAAACCGUUGAUUCCCUUCCACCCGGAGGUCGGAGGUCAUGUCAUGUGGAGGAGAGCCUGUACAGCUUCAGCAUGAGGCUCAAGGGCCCUUCAACAGGACGUCCACCCUGCUCAUCACAGCCCUGCUGAUCUGAGACCAAACAUGAAGUUCACAUGAAGACGAUGAAGAUGGCUGCUUUCUCUGGAAUCACUCUGCUGCUGCUGCUCUGCUGCUCCGUCAUCUCCUCCACAGAGUCUCGGACCGAUUGCGACAGUCCCGCCGCAAGAGGAGAGGCCUUCACGGUGCCUGUGGGACACCCACUGAAAGACACAGAUAGAGUGAAGUGGAAGCACGGUUCUGACACCAUCGUGGAUCGAAAAACCAUCGGUAACGGGAAGGGGUACAAGUUUGUCACAGGGAGCAAAGAUGAUAUUUUUUCAAAUGGAUCCCUGAAUCUGAGGAAUGUGACAAAAGCCAAUGAGGGGGUAUACACCCCAACGGUUUUCAGUGCGGAAGGAGUGGGAGUACAAAAUAUAAAGAGCGUGCGUUUAUGUGUAUUUGAUCGCGCCCCGAAGCCUACAUUGAAGUUUGACUGUCUCACAGCCGAGGUCAAACUGACUUGCGACGUUGGUAAGGUCAAGGAUCUCAAGUUUGUCUGGCUCCAGGAUAACAAAGAGCUGACAAGCCAGAAGAGUCAAGUUUGGAAGCUGAAGCUCAAAGAUGUUGGAGACCAUUCCUUCAGUUGCAAAGUAUCCAACGGCCUCGGCUCUAAUACCAGUGGAUCUGUAAAGGGCCUCUGCAAUGCCUCUUUUUUCUCUUUUUUCCCUACCGACUUCUGGGGAAUUACCUGGAUAUGUGUGGGUGGUGGUGGAGGUCUCGUUCUACUGCUGAUAAUCAUCGUCAUUGUUUGCUGUGUCCGGGCCAAACGGAAGAAAAGAAUUCAGAAGAAGGAUGAGGAGGAGCUCCGCUUGAGGUGGGCCGACCCUGAGCAACAGCAGCAACACCAAUGUCCUCAGCAUGGCCAUCCUGCCAGUCGUCAUCACCAGCACCAGGACCAGCCCCAGGACCAGCACCAGGACCAGCCCCAGGACCAGCACCAGCACCAGCACCAGCACCAGGACCAGCACCAGCACCAGCAGCCGCAGCAGCAACCGGCCGGCCACACUGGUCCUCGCCAACAUCGCUCCAAACAGCACCGUCCCAGAGCCCCAGAGCCCCCCGCCGGCCACCCCCAGCCCAGCCCCAGGAGACCUGCUCAGACCAGCAGAGCAGAUGUUAACGGAGAUGACGAGAAGCCUCCUCCUCUUCCUCAGCCCAGGUCGAAGACUCCCAGAACGCGAGUGUGACGUGAUGCGAGUGUCAAGAAGAAGAAGACACGUCACUGUUUUUGGCGCCAUGAUGUCAUCAGGAUGUGUUUUUUAUCAAGUAGAUCAUAAUCUCCAAAAGUAAAAGAGGUUCGUUAACUCAAACUAUGACUCCCUAUUUUUUAAAUUUUCAUUCUGUAUUUAUUCUGUGUGCGAAUGUGACCUACGGUUUGAAAACAAUUCUUCAUUUUCAGAACUAUAUUAGAUAUUUCAUUUUUAUUCUCGUCUCUGUGUGUUCUUCAGUGUGACAGUUUUUCACUGUCACAACCACAAUUAAUCUUUUCACAGCAGUUUUAAUGUACAUUUAAAACAAGUCCUAUCUUCUCUAUGCUGUUUUUUAUCGUUUUUGUGUCGGAGUUUGACAAAUACAGGGAAAUUACUCUUCUAAUGAAAUGUACUUUUUGUCUUUGAACACACCUGUACCUCCUUAUUAUUAUGGACUUUUAUUGAGAAACUGUGCAGUGAAGUCUUUUGAAUAAAUGCUGUUAAUCAUGCUGUGACUUUUCCAGUAAAGUUACAGCGGCUGAAAUGUU